GCGGAAAAUACCCUGAUAUGUAAACCAUUGAUGGAAGGAAGCAAACAUUUGUUUCCAUAUUACUUGACAUUGAAUUUGAACUGACUCAUUAAGAUAGUGCUAAAUAUAAAUAUGACACAAAGUGAAAAGCAAAGACAAAAUGGUGAUGAGGAGGUCAUUAAAGAAUUGUGCGUGGCCAACGGGGUGUCUUAUGAAAAGAUUCCCCACGAGGGUAGCAGUGUCACAUCCCUGGAGGUGUUCUUCUCAGGUUAUCCUCGUAUGGUGGGCCUUGCGCUAUUCCCCAAGCUAUGCCAACUUACAGUGGUUGGACAGAACAUCAGACACAUUCAAAGCCUUGAGGCCUGCCCCAUGCUUCGCGAGCUCUGGGUGGUGGAAUGCCAGUUGACGGAGAUUUCUGGACUUCAGAAUUGCAUUCAACUCCAAAAGCUCUACCUCUACGACAACCAAAUUAGUGAUAUAUAUAAUUUAGAGUUACUAGUAAACCUCCAGGUUCUCUGGCUCAACAACAACUUCAUCACUCUAAUAAAGGGAUUGAACACUCUUCAAAACCUGAGGGAACUGAAUCUGUCUGACAAUAACAUUGAAACUAUAGGGCACAGCCUUGACCUUAAUGUCAAUCUACACAAUCUCAAUCUAUCUGGAAACAGGAUCAGCUCUUUCAAGGAGCUCACCCACCUGGCCCGGUUGCCCUGUCUGAGAGAACUAGGACUCAAGGAGCCCCAGUCCUGUCCCAGCCCAGUGUGCCUGCUGUGUAACUAUGCCACCCAUGUGCUCUACCACAUGCCAAGCCUCCAGCGACUGGACACCUAUGAUGUCUCCAGCAAACAAGUGAAGGACGCUGCGGAGUCCACAGUGAUGAAGAAGAUGAUGUACUACAACAUGCGUGUGCGUACUGCCCAGAGGAACCUGGCAGAGACCCAUGCCAGCCUGCUGGAGAACAAGAAGAUCCUCCUCCAGCUUCCAGAAGAACGCAUCGGAACUCUCACUUACACCCUCAAAAAUCUGGAGUGCGAGCUGUCCGAGGUGCAGGCCGUGUGCAGGAAGGCGACCCGUACCUGGGAGGACGGACUUGCACCUGGCAGUGACGGCUCAGGGGACCGUAUUGACAACUCUGCUGACGUCACGCGUGACCCCGGCCUGGAGAACAAGAUCCUCAGCAAGCUGGACGCCCUGAAGGAGCGGCUCAAACGCUGGCAGAGGAGGCUGGAGGAGAUCGAGUCCUGGUACCAAAGGGACAUGGCCCAGGCUACCAACAGCAAUGAGUUGAUGGUCCACUUCCUCCAGAUGGAACUGGAGACGGUGGGGAACAUCCGCUUUGAGGAGGGAUGUUCUACAGAUCCCUGGUUCACCUCCUGCUACGACCUGGUGCUGUCUCGCUUCUGUGCGUCGGAGUACAAGGUGCACGGCGUCACCGGCAUCAAGAUCAGCCGAAUCAUCCGCAUCCACAACCGAGCCUUGAGGCUUCGCUUCGAGGACAAGCUUCACAGCCUGCUGGCCAGAGAAGAGUCGGCCAUGUUCUCUCAGAAUUACAAGCGCUGGCUGGAGUACUUGUUCUACGUAGCUGAUCCUGAAUCGACCAAUGAGAAGAAUGAGGUCUUUUACAUUCCAGAAGAUGGGUUCAAAACACCAGAAAUGUAUAAGGCCUUGGGCAGAGAGCGAGCUGUGCCCUUGUCUAACAGUCUGAGUGUGUCCGACAGAGCGAGGAUAGAGUUCACACAGCGCCACGCUCAGCAAGGCAGCUCUCAGCAGGCUGGAGACUCUCUCCCCUUCAGACACGGUCAGAUGAUCGUGUCCAAAGUGUUCCUGGGUCGUAGCGUCCCCAUCCGUGAAGGAGAGCCUGUGGAGGCCUGUAACUACCCUAAAGCCCACUCAGUCCAUCGCAGCUUCAACCCAGAAAAUGGAAUCAAAACAAGAGGAGAGAAAACCUGCUGCUCCAAAGUGCAGAGGGGCUGUGAGUGCAGUCUAAGGCACAGCCAGUGUUUUGUGUUCGAUCAUGAGCUUGUCCUUCCAGAAUACAUCAUUGACUUUGAGUACAUCACCCAGGACAGAGGCCAGGCCCUGUUUCCAGAGCAGGUUCCAAGCUCUACCCCGCCCAACGAUAUCCAGCUUGACGAGGAGGUUCUGGACAUGGAGCCGGUCCUUAAACCACGACCCAAGAUGCUCAGUCUGGAUGACAAGACGUUGCUGAAUGUGGCCAGAGCCAACAUUCUCAGCCAGAUCACAGUCCUAAAUCUCCAUGGCAACAGUCUGAGUAAGCUGAAGGAGAUCUCCCGCCUGACCUCGCUGCGUCAUCUCACCAUCAGCUUCAACGAGUUCACACACCUGGAGGACAUCUCGCACAUGCCCAACCUGGAGUAUGUUGACGCCAGCUUCAACCGCCUGCGGACCCUGGAGGGCCUGAGAGGGCUGGGCCGGCUGAAGCAGCUGGAUCUGCGCUGGAACCGUCUGACCAGGGCCCGGGACGAGACGGCUGUGCUGAGGAAGCACGCUCACGGCCUGCUCAGACUGGACACACGCCACAACCCCUGGCACCGGCCAGAGGAGGUGAGAAUGACCAUCCUGGGCCGGCUGGUCAACCUGACACACCUGGAUGACGUCCUGCUGACAGAGGAGGAGGCUGCGGCCGCUGUUCAGAUGGCAGCCGGCUGCAGGAUCAACCAGGCCUCGCUGCUGGCACACUCCCGGACCCACAGCGAGCGUCCUCGAAGCCUCAGCCUGCUGUCAGCUGCCCAGCUGCUGUGCCAGCUCAGCCCGGCCCCCUGGGACCUCAGCACAGACCUUGAGCCUGGCUGGACCACUAAGAUCACCACCCUCAACCUUGACAGCCAGCGACUCACCCGGCUGAUCAACCUGGACAAGCUGGUCAACCUACGCUGGGCCUCCUUCAACAACAACGACAUCUCCAAGAUGGAGGGUCUGGAGACCUGCCAGCACCUGGAGGAGCUGUCCCUCAACCACAACUGCAUCGCCAGACUAGAAGGGGUGUCCAAGCUGCAGUGCCUGACCAGACUCAGUCUGAAUGGGAACCAGCUGUCCUCUCUGGAUGGGUCAGUCCUGGACCGGCUGCCCAACCUGCAUUUCCUGUCCGUGGAGAACAACCUGAUAGGCUCCCUGUCUGGCAUGCAGAGAGCCCGCUCGCUGUUUGAGCUCUACGUUGGCAACAACAACAUUUCCACCACACGUGACAUCUACCAUCUGAAGGCAUUGAUAAACCUAAUAAUUCUCGAUCUGUUUGGGAAUCCGUUGGUGGAGAAGUUGGAACACUAUCGAAUCUACGUGGUGUUUCACCUGCCCUCUCUGAAGGCGCUGGAUGGGAUCGCAGUGGAAGUGUUGGAGUGCGAGAACGCCAAGGACGUGUUUGGUGGACGGCUGAACCCUGACAUGGUGGCUGAGAAGCUGGGUCACUCCAACUACUCUGCCAUAGCUGACCUCCACCUGCAGUCCAGUGGCAUCAGGAUAGUGGACCUGGCUCCUGCGGAUCUGUUCCACAACCUGCAGAGUGUCAACCUGGAGCACAACAACCUCACCUCCUUCAGCGGCCUGGUCUACCUGCCCAGUGUCAAGGCUCUGUGUUUGAACCACAACCACAUUGAGUCCAUCCUGCCCAGACAGAAGACUCAGGCCCACCUGACGAACAGGCAGAUCCUGUACCACAAGGUCAACUCCAGUGGAUAUGGUCAACAAGGGUCAUCCAGAGGCAGCAGGGAAGCGGGACCCGGGGACAGCCUGGAGCCACUGAUGGGCAGCCUGGAGGUGCUGCAUUUGAGCUACAAUGGCAUCUCCAAUAUGGCUAAUCUGCAACUCAGCAGGCUCUCCAAUCUUAAAGCACUUUUCCUCCAAGGAAACGAGAUCAGCCAGGUGGAAGGUCUCGAGGGCCUGUUCCGUCUGAGGGAGCUGGUUCUGGAUAGGAACCGGAUCAAGGUCCUGGGGGAGAACUCCUUCUAUGGCCAGGGAGUUCUGCUAGAGCUGCACCUCGCCGAGAACCGCAUCCGGGAACUCAACUACCUCCAACACCUCACUGAGCUACGGAGGCUGUUUUUGGGCAAUAACAAGCUGCAGGACAUUUCAGAGCUGGAGAAACUGGAAGUCCUUCCCUCCAUUAUUGAGCUGUCGGUCAUCGGGAAUCCUGUGGCCAGACGAGCCCUCCACAGGCCGGCUGUGGUGCUGAGCCUCUCCAGGCUGCAGGUUCUGGAUGGCAUGGCGGUCACUCUGGAGGAGAGGACCCGGGCAGAGCUCCUCUGUACAGAAGCACAGUGCCCUGGAGCCCAAGUGACUGGCAUGGACAUGAACCUGCCUGGCCUGAUGCCCCUGAUGUCCCGCAUGGCACCUCUCAGAGGAACAAGCCUGACUGGACUGCAGCACUUCCUGGGUCAUGAGAUCCUGCUGCCCUACAACCUGGACGAGGGACCUCAUGAUACACCCAAACACAAGAAGCAGAAGCACAGCAGUGCCCGCAAUCCCCAAACAGAGAUGAUCUUUAGGAUCAGAGGAACAGGAAGUGGCCUGGCCACCUCAGGCCUCCUGCCAAAUGGACACAGGGUUCUGAUCACCUACCAGAACCACAACCAGGACCAGGACUGCAGGUUCCAGGGUUCUACUGGCCCCAAACCUCCACCCUUGUAGUUGUGCAGAAUGAUGUGGCAGAGGAAUAGGGACUUUACCUGUUGUCACCAGACAAGGACCUGUGUGGGUCAUUAUUAACACAGGAAGUGGUCAUCAGUCUGGGUACCUCAAGAGCUCUAAAAUGUGCACAUCUAUAAAGAUCUUAUCUGGUAUAUGAAACAAGUCUACACUUUUUGACAUUACUGCUAUGUGUAAUUAUAUCUUGACUCAAUACUUUUAGGUGUAAGAUUGGUGUGUUUUUUUUUUUUAUGAGAGAAAAAGAGAGAGAUUCCCUGGUGAAAGUGUGACAUGAUUGACUGCCAUUGCCCAUCCACAUCUAUGUUUUUUUAACCCUGGUAAUCUAGUUUAAACGGAGAGGUUUAGAAGUCAUGACCACAGUGAUCCCCUCUCACCAUUAGCGUAUAAAAAAACCCCACAGAUGUAAGGGCGUGUGAGGCAGGCAUGUUGUGUCCAUCGGGUCAAAUGGAUCCCCAACAAGUGGAUAAUCCAGCUUUAGCACACCUCUCUGUGGACAAUAAUCUGCAGUCACUCAGAUGGAGUCAUAAUCUUGAACGUGGUCCAAAUGGAUUGCAGAGAUCUGUCCAUUUUAUAAUGUCAGCCUCUAUUUUGAAAGCCAACCACAGUAUCUUCUCUAAUAGGGAAAUCUCAUAUGCUGCUGCAGGAAAUAAAUUAUAUUUGACAGUUCAGUUUUUGGGCAGUGUUAGUAUAGAAAAAAUGACAAUAAGACAUAAAAACAUCCCUGUUCACUCCAAUCUAUACCUCCAGCAGCCGUUACCUCAGUACUUUACAAGUCCCUGAGUACUGAAGAUGUAAGAUGUUUCUUAUCAGAGACUGAAUCGUGGCAUUGGGUGGAGUAUCACUGUUUUGUGCCCCUGGUUCAUGGUAAACUAACAGGAAACCAGUGUGGUCAUAUAAUUCUGACCACUAGGGGUCCCUAGUGAUCCACUGUUCGAUUCCCUACAGACAGUUCUCCAUGAACCCUGCUCUUAUCCACUGAGUAACGCAUUGAUUCAAGGCCAAGAUCAGUCGAUAUGCAGUAACCCUCCAAACUAUCACAGCCUGCUCUGAACAAAUAGUGCAACAACUAGUUCCAGGCAGCCAAAAGUAAAUGGCCAGCCUCUAAAGACCCCCUCUAAUGCAUGUACUUAACUUCACUUAAUUUGUGUUAACUCCCAGCAUUAAGCAGGGCUAAUGACUGAGCGAGUGAGUGCACUGUCAUUACCUUGCUCUGCUUCACAUCAAAUGGCAGCUGAUGGGGCCGCACUGAAAAAACACAGUAAUGCACAAUUUGGAGGCUUUAUGAAAGUGCAUUAAUGCACAAGAUAUUGCAACAGAUAAUUAUGUAUCUUACAUUUGUUUACAGUGUGCU